AUGGUUUAUCAAUCUGAAUUUCGCCAUGAUUCUAAUGCUAGAUUUGUCGAUGAUGCAAAUGAUUAUGAUAUCAACGAUGAAGGUGAAGUCGAGGGUAUCGUAAACCUCAAUGAAGGUUUUACCGAGGCAACUGAAUCAGAAUUAUUUGACAGAAAAGUUAAGUCUGAUGAAGAGGCUUAUGAUUUGUAUAAUAGUUAUGCAUUUAAACAUGGUUUUGGUAUACGUAAAGAUAGGUUGAAUCGUAGAGAUGACAAAGAUAGGACACCUAGGCAACGCUUUUUGGUGUGUUCUUUUGCUGGCUUUAAGCAUGAGAAGAAGCAUGGUGAACAAUCAAAAGUUUACCAAAAGAGGAAUUUCCGCACAGGUUGCAAGGCUCAUAUACAGUUUGAUAUUGAUAAGGUGUCUGGUUUGUAUGUCGUGGUCAAUCACACUAUGGUUCAUAAUCAUAGUAGGGUUGUUGUUUCAAAGAGACAUUUGAUUAGGUCUCAUAGGAAGGUUACUAAUGAACAAGUUGUGAUGAUGAGUAGCUUGACUGAGAGUAGUAUACCUGUUGCUGAUGCAGUGCGUGUUUUAAAACAUCAAGCUGGUGGAGAGGCAAAUCUUUCAUUUCUUUGUAGGGAUGCGUAUGGUGCUUUAUCCCAACAUAAGAAAAUGAUGUUUGACGGUUGUGAUGCAAAGCGCUUGCUUAGCUAUUUUAAGGAGAGGAAAUCUAGUGAGUAUGACUUUUUUUAUGACUUUGAUGUUGAUGAAAAAGGUCAUUUGCAAUCUUUCUUCUUUCGUGAUAAUAGAAUGAAGGUAGAUUAUGAUGCUUUUGGUGAUUUAUUAGUCCAUGAUACAACGUACCGUACAAACAAAUAUGGUAUAAUUUGUGGACCUUUUGUUGGUAUGAAUCAUCAUAACAAUAAUGUCAUGUUUGGUAUUGGCUUCUUGAUCAAUGAAAAAUGGGAAUCUUUUGAGUGGUUGUUCAAUACUUUUUUGAAAUCCAUGGGUGGCAAACAUCCUGUGACAAUAAUGACUGACCAAGCUCAAGCAAUGGCCAAAGCAAUUAAGGUUGUCUUCCCAAAUUCCAGACAUCGACUAUGUACGUGGCAUAUUGGGGAGAAUGCAAAGAAAAAUAUCAAAGCACUUAGAGCAAAGGAAGGUUUUAAUGAUUUGUUUGAUAUUGUUUUGAAGUAUACCGAUACUAUUCAAGAAUUCGAGCACUAUUGGUCAAGCAUGCAGAAAACGUACAAAUGCAUAGAUAAUAAAUGGCUGCAAAAACUGUAUAAUAUCAAAGAGAUGUGGUGUCCUGCAUAUUCCAAAGAUUAUUUUAGUGGCGGUGUUAUGUCAUCUCAGAGGAGUGAAACUACUAACAAAUCAGUUUCCCGUCGACUACAUGCCACUCAUGGUCUAUGUGAUUUCUACACUACUUUUAUUGAGGUUGUUGAUGAGUGGAGGAGUAGAGAAGGUAGUAAUGAUUAUGAUAGUAUGACUGGAAAUCGUCAUUUAGUUUGGGCAGAUAUUGGAUUGUUGGAGCAUGCAAGGAAGAUUUAUACUAUUCAAAUCUAUUUACAUUUUGAAGACAAUUUUGUCAAUGGUGUUCCCUGCACGGCAAAGGUAAUAGGAUUUCAACCUUCACUUUAUGAAUAUCAUGUUGGGCAUCCAAAAAAGGAUUUGAUCAUGCAUACUGUUGCAUUUGAUGAAUCAACAGUUACAGUUGAUUGUACUUGCAAAUAUUUUGGUGAGGUAGGUUUGUUGUGCAAGCACUCACUUCGUGUCUUACAUUUAAACAACAUUACUUAUAUCCCAAAGAGAUACAUUUGCAAGAGAUGGACAAAAGCUGCUAUGUGCACUAGAGUUGAUGACAAUGAUGUUGCUGAAAUGGGUGUCACUCCUUGUAGUGUAUGGAGAUUGUAUCAUAUUCGUACAUUUAUCACACUUGUAGAUCGAGCACAAAAUGACUUGAGUGCUCGAGCUGUCAUUGAGGAAGCAAUUGAAGAAUGCACUGCUAGGAUUAAUCUCUUGAUGGGAGAAGAUAAAGAUGUGCCACCUGAGUUAUCAAAAACGAAUGAACAAGAUGUUACUCCAGAAAAAGGUGAUGGCAGUCUAUUAGAACCAGCAGUAAUAUUUGAGGAAUUGGCUGAAGAACAUGGAGGACUUGAAAAAGAACAUGGAGGUUUUGAAAGAGAAUAUGGAGGCAUUGUUAAAGAACACACAGUUCAGGUAGAUGUCAAGGAUCCUAUCAAAAAAAGGAAAAAGGGUCAAAAGAAUACUAGGUGGAAAAGCACACAGGAAAAGGUUUCCAACAAGCUCAAAGGUCAAAAGAUAAAGUCAUGGAGAAAGAAAAGCGCAAAGGGUGUUUCAAAGAUGAAACAAAAAGCACAGACUACGACUAAGGAUUUCCUCCCUGUACCUGAUGGAAAUGUUCUGGCACAUUCCAACGAAUUUGGAGGAUCUUUGGAGUUUUUUGAGCCUGAUGACUAUUUUGGAGUGAAUAUUAGAGAAUUAUAA